AUGGGCAGCAGAGCAGGUACCGCAGGUUACGAUAUGAGUAUCGUUUUCUCACCACAAGGAAAGUUAUAUCAAGUUGAAUAUGCAUUCAAGGCUAUCAAGUCUGGAGGUUUAACUUCAAUUGGUAUUCGUGGUAAAGAAUGUGUAGUUGUUGCAGGUCAAAAGAAGAUCCCAGAUAAAUUAAUCGACCCAUCAACAGUUACUUCAAUUUAUAAGAUUACAGAUUAUAUUGGUUGCAUUGAAACUGGAAUUGUUCCUGAUGCUAAAUUACAUGUAAGCAGAGCAAGACAAGACGCAGCUGCUUUCCAUCAUAAAUUUGGUUACCAAAUUCAACCAAACUUUAUGGCUAAAAAGGUAGCUGAUUAUGCUCAAUUAUCAACUCAACAUGCUUCAGCUAGACCAUUGGGUGUUUCAAUGAUUCUUAUUGGUAUUGAUGAUGAUUUGGGACCUCAAUUAUUCAAGAUGGAUCCAUCAGGAGCCUAUUUUGGAUACAAGGCUACAGGUGCUGGUGAAAAAGAACAAGAAGCUACCAACUUUCUUGAAAAGAAAUUUAAAUCAAAUCCACAACUUACACAAGAUGAAACCAUUCAACUUGCCAUUUCGACUUUACAAAAUGUUUUGGGUGCAGAUUUGAAGGCUAGCGAUAUUGAAAUUGGUAUUUGUACAAUGGAAAAGAGAAAGUUUACUUUAUUAACAGAAUCUGAAAUCGAUAGUCAAUUGACUAAAUUGGCUGAAAGAGAUUAA